AUGGCAAACUCUUCAAAGGAAAACUCUCCCAGCAACUCCGCCAACCCUAGUGAUCAUGCUAUUCCAGUUACUGCCCAGCCUCCCUCUCCGGUUCCGGUUCCUGCCCGGAGCCGUCAUUUUGGAGAAGGAUCCUCUUCGGUUCCUGUUGGUGGUCAAGAGUUAUUCGAAGGGUUUUCUUCUUCAUCAUCUUCGUCCUCAUCGCCAUCACCGGCAGCAACUCCACCACGUAGGGUUGUUCAGAUUGCUCUCGGCGGCAUGCGUCGUGGGCAUGGUGAAGCAAAUAUGAUGAAAGCAUUAGCAGAGAAAAAGGAUGAUAAUGCUGCAAGUCAAGUUGCUGAUAACAAGAGGAAGAAGAGAGAAAUGGAUGCCCCUAAAUCAGAACCCAUUUGUUCGUUAUGCGGUAAAAGGUUUGCUUCCUGGAAAGGUGUCUUCGGGCAUCUUCGUGCUCACCCGGAACGUGACUGGCGUGGUGCUUUUCCACCACCUAAAGGUGCUGUGGGGACUUGGUCACCUAUCAAGAUGUCAGGCCCUGAUGAUCAUCAGGCUCGGCAAGUGCAGUUGCUUGCUCCAAAAAUGCUUCAUUUGGCUCGUGAAACCCUAGCCAAAAUGCGCGAGGAUUCAACCGCUGCUGCCAGCGGUGGUGCUGCAAGUUCCCCCAGAGUUACAAACAUUGACCUGAAUCAGAUCCCAGGGUCUUCUUCUUCUGAAUCUCCACCUCCUCCUCCACAGGGAGGCGCUGGCGGAAGCGGAAGUGGAGGGCUGGAUCUCAACAGGUCUCCACCAGAGAGUGAUGAUGCAAAGAAUGCCUAUUAA